GUUAGACAAUCUUGUUGACACGACACGAUGGCGAUGCAGAAAAACAGGAACUUAUUCCAUUUAUCAUUGAUAUGGAUGUGUAUUUUUGUCUGUUUGCAAUGUUUGGUUGUAAAAAGUCUUCCAACAGGUAUCUCAACAACAGUCACAGUAAAGAGUACAAUCAAUCAUACUGUUCACAGCCAAACUGAAAAAGAUAGUGGUACACUGGUUGUAACUACUGCCCAGAAUGUAACACCUAACAGCACGAACAAUGUAUCUAGUCACAUCCUAAAUCCUCAUAAUAAAACAACAGUACAUACAUCAUUAGAUAAUAAGAUGUCUAAUGGACAAGCAAAUACUCAAAUACCAACUAUAACAACUACUGAUGUUAAUAAAACAUCUGAUUUACCAACUAGCAAGAAUCCCGAUGAAUCAACAAAUAAGAAUUUACCCCCCACCUCAGCAACUAGCAAGAAACCAAUGGGAUCAGGAGGUCAGAUUGAAACGCCAAGUACCAAAAAACCUGAUGAAACAGAAAGUCAGAGUGGACUAAACAAAUCAACAACUACCAAAAAUCCUGAUGAAACACAAGAUCAGAGUGGACAAGACAAAUCACCAACUACCCAAAAACCAGUUGAAACACAAGAUCAGAGUGGACGAAACAAAUCACUAACUACCAAAAAACCUGAUGAAACACAAGAUCAGAAUGGACUAAACAAAUCACUAACUACCCAAAAACCAGUUGAAACACAAGAUCAGAAUGGACUAAACAAAUCACUAACUACCCAAAAACCUGAUGAAACAAAAGAUCAGAGUGGAGUUAACAAAUCAACUACCCAAAAACCAGUUGAAACACAAGAUCAGAUUGGACUAAACAAAUCACCAACUACCCAAAAACCUGAUGAAACAAAAUAUCAGAGUGGAUUUAACAAAUCACCAACUACCCAAAAACCAGUUGAAACACAAGAUCAGAUUGGACUAAACAAAUCACCAACUACCAAGAAACCAACAGAAUCGGCAGAUGAGAAUGUACAGAAUAAUAUGUCUGGUAGCAAGAUAUCCCUGGACACCGGAGAAACCAAUGAUGGAAAGAAUGAUAAAAAUAAGAAGCCAAUGAAUUCAGGUACUCUCUAUGGAGAUGAUGAAGACUCAGGCGGACAUUUCAUGGCCUACUUUAUAACAUUUGUUGUGAUUUGUAUAGCAGGAUAUAUAAUAUAUCAUAACAAACAAAAGAUUCUGGCGUUUAUUUUGGAAGGUAAAAAGGAUGGGUCACGAAGAAGACCAAACAGUAAAGAAUAUAAAAGAUUAAAGACAGAUGAAGUUAUGCCAUCAUUAGAGAAAAAUACGUCUGAUAACAAAUAUAUAUACUGAUUUAAGUAAAGUAUAUGAAUAAUUAAAGACAUGCCAUGAAUUCAGAAAAUAAAAACAAAUAUAUAUAUAUACUGAUAAAACACUAGUGAUAAUAGUUUAAUAUUGCAAAACAUAUAUAUGUAGGACUCUGAACCGUGAUGGUACUCCGAACUGCGAUGGUCACGCUGAUGUGCAAUAGUUUAACGCUGAAGUGUGUUUAUGAUCACGCCGAAGUGCCAUGGUGGCAUUGUGAUGCUAUCUUGUUGAUAGCUACGCCGAAGUGCGAUGGUGGUUAUGCUGAAGUGCGAUGGAUUACAUAAAUCAUAUUUUCAAAGUUUUUCAUGUUCACAUGUCGAUGUAGAAGUCAAUUUGUUUGUAAAAGUAGCUUUUUGUUAUUGUUAAAAAUGUAAAAUAUCGAAAGUAUAACCUGUUUAAUUCAAAACAGUCAUGAUAAAAAGUCAUUGCAUUUUCAGUCCUCACUGUAAAGGCAUAGUGAAGAAGUCGUUCAUACAAUUGUUCAGAAAUUGAUUCUACAUGCAGAAGCUAUAUUAAACCAGUACAAAUUGCAAUGACUGAAAAAAUGUAGUAGUUGUUUGAGAUGCAAAUACUCUUUGGUAAGUCAGACAAAAUAAAUGAAAAAUUUAUACGCUGCUGUGAAUAAGAUUGAUCAUUGAGGUUUUUAACUACAACUGGAGAAAAUAUUGAACUUAUGAUACUAACUUAUAAAAAGAUAAAGCUCUCAUAUAUAAUUAUUGGACAUCUGUAAAUUUUAAACUAGCCAUCACACGUCUUAUAGACCAUUGCAGAUCAGCGAAAGGACCAUCGCACUUCGGCGCAGACCAUCGCACUUAAGCGUGACCAUCACACUUCAGUGUCCCCAUCGCAUCUCUGAGUCCUUCAUAUAUAUAUAUUGAUAAACACUUGUGGUAAUAGCUAUUGCAAAACAUAUAUAUAUAUAUACUGAUAAAGACUUGCGAUAAUAGUUAUUGCAAAACAUUUACUGAACAUUUAAUUUAAUGGUGAAAUGGAAAUUUGUCAGGUUUGUUUUUCAUAUAAUUACACCUUAUAUAAGAAUGCCGGAUUUUGAUUGGUUGUUAGCCAGUGUAUUUUUUGCAUAUUCUAACAUUUUUUUUCUCAAUUAAAACGAAUUUGUCUGUUUUUCACCACUGCCGGUGAAUUUGCCUCAAAUUCCCCUCUCUGCCGUGGUAUUUGCCAUUUUGGAUAUUCCUUUUUUUACCCUCGCGAGCCAGUUCCCUCCAAAAUUAUUCGGAACCUUUCUCACUUUAUCCUGACAACAUGGUUAAGCACUAUUGAUUGAGUUAAACCGAAAACUGUCAGAAAUAUACAUAUUAAAAGGGGGAAAAAGUUCUAUACAAAUGAACGAUUUAAUGAUGGAAUAACAAUGAUGUUUACACAUAUAGAUACCAUGACAUUACAAAAAGACAGCACUAACGCGUAUCAGUACAUGUAUAAUUCCCGCGGUACUACGAUUUCCCUUCACAUGUACAGACAGUUUCAAUCAAAAUCUAUUCGGUGUAAUUAAACAGAUAUAUUAUGUUAUGGAGGGGUAUUUGUGAAAAAUACCAGUCUUGGGCCCAAAUUUCCAACGCCUAGCAGCGUGGGAAAUUUCACCGUCCCUUGACUGGUAUUUUUGGCAAAUACCCCUCCAUAACAUAAUAUAUCUGUUCAAAAGCAAAUAUGAAAAAUAUAGCAUCCAUUAAAAAGAGGAGGUAUGAUAAGGGAAAUAAGUUAAAAGUAAAUUUUGUUGUCAUAAAUUAGAUUUUGGGACAAUUUGAUAAUCACGACAGCUAAAAUUGAAUGAUGUUUCAAAAACAUUAAUUUUUUGUGUAACCCAUUUUUCAGUAAAAUAUUUCUUUUUGGCAAAAAUGUUGUUUAUAUCUUCUCAUUAAUGGGAAGUUUACAUUAACAGGCACAUUAGUCAUCUUUUUAAUUUGCCAUAAAUGCAUAUAGUUUGAAGGCAAUUAUUAAUUAUAUGUAAAAUACAACUUAAAUGUAUUACUGAUGUCUGUUAACAUUUGAAGAAUUUGUUUUAAGUUAAAUGAAUAGUUUCUCAUUUAAGGCACCUUGUCAUACCUUUUCAAUCAUUUUUACAUGUGGACUAUUUAGCUUUAGGAAGAAGAUUAUCAAGAUAACUGACAGUUUAUUCAUUAAUAUUUGCUAAUUUCUUCAGUGUAAUAUUGUCACUGUAAAAUGAGUAAUGUAAUGUACAAAUUAUAACAGAAAAAAAUAGAACGAGUUAUCUGUCUUUAAGUGAAGUAAUUUGAGUGUUAAAACAUUCCAGAGUUUUCAGUAUAACUUGUAAAACAGUGAUGACAGUCUGUGAGUUUUAUUACCAUUAUUAUGUUACCUUGGUCUCUUCAUUCACCAAAGUAUUUGUUUCAUUAUCAUAUGUUACCUGGAUCUUUCACCUGAAACAUUGAGAUGUUGUCUAAUUUUGAUGUUGGUGAUAGUUUCGAUGGAUGAAUCCACUAUAUGUCUGAUGAAUUGUCAUAUUGUAUAUUUAAUAGUGGGUAAAGUUAAUACAAGGUCAAAGGUAAUGCUGUAGAUAUCAGUUGGAAAUAUCUGUACAAUCAAUGCAUUUAGCAAUAUUUUUUCAGUAUGUUUAUUUAUUACAUGCAUAUAUAGAAAUAGAUUAGUUUUGACCUAUUGUUCAUUAAUGAAGUGUGUAAUUAAAGUGUUCAUAAAUAUUAGCUGUGUUCUUUGAAUUAUAUUAUUUAUUAAAUUAGAAAUAACGCAAAAAGAUUCUGAAUAGUUUAAUUGAUAAAAGUUAAACUAUAUGAAUAUUUCCAUUGGUUUUGAUUUGAGAUUUGGAAAUUGACUGCUUUACAAACAUAUACACAUAUCAGGUUGAUUGAACCUUAACUUCUGUCAAAGAGGGAAAUUUUUGAAGUAAACAAUAAAUGUGUGGCUGGACUCAAGUAAAGAAACUUCUAUAUCUUUAAGUAUUCUCCAAUUACAAGAUUAACAUGUCCCAAACUCUGUGUAAAAAUGAUCGGAGACAUUUUAUUCUAAUAAUAUUUAUGAUUUGGAAAGUAAUUAAGAUGUAAUACAAACAUUGACUCUUGUUUGUUUAGUAUUUCUUUCAUUUUGUAAUUUUGCAUUGUUGUAAGCUUUACUGACUUAUACAAUCUAGAAAAAGUUGGGAGAAUGUAGAAUACAACUGUUUCAGUAGGACAUAUUUUUGAAGACAAUAAGCUGUUUUGUUAUGUUUACUGGUCAGACUUUAUUGAUGUCUGAUCUACCAGACCCUGUAUAUGUUAUACUAUGUCUGUUGGUCAGACUUUAUUGAUGUCUGAUCUACCAGACCCUGUAUAUGUUAUACUAUGUCUGUUGGUCAGACUUUAUUGAUGUCUGAUCUACCAGACCCUGUAUAUGUUAUACUAUGUCUGUUGGUCAGACUUUAUUGAUGUCUGAUCUACCAGACCCUGUAUAUGUUAUACUAUGUCUGUUGGUCAGACUUUGUUUAUACACCAUUCUUGUUGUUGUUUUCCUUAUUGUUCUGAGUAUAGUGACACAAACUUAUAAAAUAAUUGACAAGAUUUUUUAUGCUAGUUUGGGUUUUAUAAAAAAUCACUUUUUAUUUAGAAAUAACAGAAGGGCUACUUUAUGCUAUAAACAUAUUUUGUUGUGGUAGAGUGAUGAAUCGUUGCAUAUAUAGCAUUAGGAAAUAUCAUACAUUAGCUUUAUGAUAAAGAUAUCAUUGUUACCACUGUAAGUUGGAACUACACUUUUUGAUUGUGCCCUAUGUAUUUGAGUUAAGUAGAUAUAGUUGAUAGAUAGUAGAUAAGUUGGAUAUUUGACAAUUGAGGCCAGAGUAUUUCAAUACAUAAGUAGACUUUGGAUGUGGGUGUUUUGUGAUUGUGCCCUGAGUAUUUCAAUACAUAAGUAGAUUUUGGAUGUGGGUAUUUUGUGAUUGUGCCCUGAGUAUUUUAAAACGUACGUAGAUUUUGGAUGUGGGUAUUUUUUGAUUGUGCCCUGAGUAUUUUAAAACGUAAGUAGAUUUUGGAUGUGGGUGUUUUGUGAUUGUGCCCUGAGUAUUUCAAUACAUAAGUAGAUUUUGGAUGUGGGUGUUUUGUGAUUGUGCCCUGAGUAUUUCAAUACAUAAGUAGAUUUUGGAUGUGGGUAUUUUGUGAUUGUGUCCUGAGUAUUUUAAAACGUAAGUAGAUUUUGGAUGUGGGUAUUUUUUGAUUGUAUAGAAAUCAUUUCUACAAAUUUAUUCCAUUAUCAGUAACAGAACUAUGGUGUUAAAUCAGAGAUAUUAUAUCAUACAAAAUCAUAUUCUAUUGUUACUGACCUGUGAUAAAUGUUAAGCUACUAAAUGUUAAUGCUUAUUUUUUGUUGUGAAUGUACAUACACAUGAAAAAGUUUAAUAAAUAUUUUUUUGUAUAAAAGUUGUUUUUUUCAAUUUCUGUAAUGUGAAUUAAGUCUUUAUGCUGUAUGAUUUCACUUUGUGUAAUGUGAAUAAGUCUUUAUGGUGUAUGAUUUCACUUUGUGUAAUGUGAAUAAGUCUUUAUGGUGUAUGAUUUCACUUUGUGUAAUGUGAAUAAGUCUUUAUGGUGUAUGAUUUCACUUUGUGUAAUGUGAAUAAGUCUUUAUGCUGUAUGAUUUCACUUUGUGUAAUGUGAAUAAGUCUUUAUGCUGUAUGAGAGUUAGUGCAACUUUAUAUAUGAAGUGAAAAUUGUGUGCAAGUGUGUGGCUCAACACUUCUGAAGUGACAGGAGCCAACUUGGACCCUGUAUUAAAUAUUUCAGGCUGGUAUAAUUUUGUUAUGUUGUUACAGAAAUAUAAUUCUUUUGCCAUUAUUUUUUCUAAUAAUCAUCAAAUUUGUUAUACUUGUACAGUUUUUUUUUAGCAAUGAAUAGUUAGAUAAAAUAUAAACUGGUUUAUAUCAUCAAUUUUUAGAAGUUAUAGGUGUUAAAGGGGCCACUAAUAGGAAGUGAAAACAAUACAUGAAUCAGUGUCAUUUGUACAGCUUUAAAAAAAAAACAAGGAAAAAUAUUGCAAUCAGGUUGUUGUAUGAUAUUUUGUUUAAUUUACAAAUUUGUCCAAGACAUCCUUUAACCUAGAUUUAUUUUACUUUGCAUCUUAGAGUGUGCAUACGGAUCAUUUCCAGCAAUUUUCAGCCACAUUUGAUUUUCAGAUUUUAAUAUUUACAAAUUCCACAUUUUUAACAAAAAUUGGAAAUUUACACUUUGAAUAGCAAACUUAAACCAUAGUGAACCCCUAUAGCAAAGGUUAUAAAAAAUCCAAGUAAGUUAACAAUUUUCCCAUAGUGAACCCCUAUAGCAAAGGUUAUAAAAAAUCCAAGUAAGUUAACAAUUUUCCCAUAGUGAACCCCUAUAGCAAAGGUUAUAAAAAAUCCAAGUAAGUUAACAAUUUUCCCAUGCAAUUGAUCCAUUGUGAGCACAUUUGGUUAAAAUUUGUGAGUUUUGAUUUUGGUUUUGACCCUAAUGGUAUCAAUCUUACGAUUCUAAGCUGAAAAGAUACGAUAGGUAAAAACUGUUAAAGCAACAUAUCUACAAAUAUUGGAGGAAUGCACUGAAAGAACAUUUUGGUAUUGUUUUUGAAAAGGCCCAAAGGGGUCUUUGAAUAUGAUGUGUUGUUUUUUCUAUAAUCAGUAUAGGUAUAAAAUUAAAUUUCAGUGCAUCCCUAGCAAUAUUUCUUUAUUUCAUAAAAAUUUGGAGAAGACUGGAAGUUAUGAUUGAAUGAUUUUUAUGCAGACUGUAUGAGUGAGAUUUGUUUAACAAAGUAUUUAUAUGUUGCUUGCUAUAUUUUAUACAAUAAAAGUGUUACUGUAUAGUUUAUUGGUUGCUAAUUUAAUAGUAACCUGAGGGAAUGCUAUGUAAUAAUGUCUUGAAUUAAAUUUUAUUUACUUUUACAA